AUGUCACAGCGAGGCAACAGCGACGGCGGUGUCAGGGCGAGUCGCGGGAUGGAGGAAGACGACGACGAGGAGGAGGACUUCUUGCCCGCUAUUCCUGAGGUGCUUCUGCAUCAACAGCAGAAUGGCCCGACUACAACGACAAGCGAUCAGAGUUUGGGGGUAGGGCGGGGGAAGCGAUCUCGUUCCUCAAGCAUGGACAAAGUCGAUGAUGUCGACAACGGCGCGUCACGCGAUGCUGGAUGCAACGCAGGUGAGGACAAGCAGGGCGAAGAGUGUUUUGUAGAGUUGCUAAGCUCGGAGGGAUUUCCAAGCAGUUCUCUCUACGAACGAAGCUACCAACACAGCCAUUUUCUGCAAGAUAUUGGUGUUGUACAGGACGAGCUUGGCAGUCUCAUUGCCACGGUGGACUCGACUGGGACGCUACGUGCAUGGCGAAAGCUCCCGCGUGGUGUUUUUUUCAUGGGGGAUCGUCAGGGUCUUUUUCCACAGAAGGUGCGUGAGGGGGACCUCAAUGACGUGGUGAAGCACUUUAUCCUCACGGACCCACUCACGCCCAGUUUGCUCGUGGUGCGCAUCAUGCCAUGCGUGGAGGCGACAGCUGGUGUCGUGACGGUUGCUGUUGAGGUUCGUGUGGUGAGCUCCACUCUCAUGACCGUGGAUGCACGUCUCUCCUGUGAGUUCAGCGUUACGCUAAACAUGAAAUCCAAAUCACCGUGCUGGAAGGAGAGCGUUACGCAACGGCCUUUUCUAUUACACCACGAUCACCAACCGUUUAUUGUUUUUUUUACCAUGGAAAAGGAUGGAACGAGUCACACCGUGUUUUUGCCGUGUGUCACAGAAAAGUCGCCGCGUUCUGGCGGCACAGCCACCAUCGUGGCUUCCACUCCGCUAAGCACAGCCAAUCUUGUGGUUUGUUGCCAGCAACACCGACCAAGCGGCUUGGUGGUAUUGGUUGAUGAAAAGGGCAUUAUCGACUACGCGCGCAUCAUGGUCUCGCCUGGCAAUGAAGGUCAGUCUGUUGCUUACCUCCAAGUCGUCUCUGGUGUGCCAUCGCGUGGCACAUCUGACCCUAUGAUACUGCGGCGGUGGAUUACUUUUGAUCGGCGACAGAAGACCGGUUUUUUUACAUUAUUGCGAGAUGCAAUGGGUGCUGCCAAGACCGGCAGGGUGAUGCUGCCGCUUCAAGUUGGGUUUUCUGCAACUGGGAAGUAUUUUGUGGUUUCAAGUGGUGUUCUGCGUGAGGGCCAUGUGUGCGUGUUUGCGCAUGUUUUUGACUUUUCCAGCGGCCAGCUUCUCUGUCGUGGUGAAACCGAUGAAACGGCAACCCCGUCACUUGUUGGGGAAAACGCUCUGAGGGAGGCACUUUGGCUACUGCGUGGGGCCGUGUUUGACGUCGUAGUGGAGGACGCCGUGCACAAAUCCCCACAAGGUGGGGCAGGGGGUGUCUGGGUGUUCGUUCCAGAGAUUAUGUUGGAGACUCCGGUUGAGGGGCGCGUGUGUGGUCGCCGCGUCUUUGUCUUUUGUGCUGCGCCGUUACCUGCAAACCGAACAAUGCUGUCAGGCGCAAGUGGAGCCUCCACCUGUGCCUUAGUGACACCGUUCCACAUGGAGCAGCUGUGGCGCCCCAUUGGAGAUCUGGAGAAAACUCUUCGUGAGUUGCUCUCUCCCACCUCCUCGGUGUUAGCGUCAGGUGCGGCGCUUGAUCGGCACUUUGCUGCCCCCUUGACACUGAUACGACUCACGGUUCCCGCCAGCCAGGCUCUCAAGAAUCUUGUGGGUCAGUCCCCUGUCGGCUCCACCCUUUUACAAGAGGACGUCAAACGGCUUUUUGUUGUUCCAAGCAAUACGGCCUUGGCAGCUUCAUCCAAUGAGCGGCUUUUUAAUGCUGCUGAUCCCAUGUUUUUCACAGCAUCGCCGGGGGAAUAUGCCCUUUUAUUGUACACAAAGUAUGAGGUGCAGUUUGGGGUGAGUAAUGCAUUGCGAGCGGAGAACAUUGCUCCCACCAAUGCCACGGAUGACGAUGCUGGAAAGACGGAGCAGAAGUAUCGUGAAAAGGCGCUGUGCGACUUGCAUCAAAAGCGUGACUUUGACUGUGAAGAUCUUCUUGUUUUGCGCUCUUCUCUACAGGGUGUGAUGCCACGUGAGGUGGUGACGGACAACAACGACGAAAACCAGAAACCUGAGAGUAUGACUCCGGAGAAAAGUGAUGAACAUGAGUUGGACGGUGAUGUGGAGGAGCGACGUGUGCAGCAUAUUAUUGCAACUGCGACAGGACAUAGCAUCGAAUGGGGAACGUCUACUGUUCAUGUCACUUUAUUUAUAGACCACUUUGGGACGGUGACCGUCCGUUUACUUCCCCAGUUUGCGCCAAAGGCCGUUAAAAAUUUUGUUACUUUGGCACAAGAGGGCUUUUACAACGGACUGACGUUUCAUCGCGUAGUGCCGGGAUUUAUGAUUCAAGGCGGAUGUCCUGCUGGGGAUGGUAGUGGGGGAAAGAGUAUUUUUGGCGGGAGGUUUGAGGAUGAGGGAGUGCAUGUUAUGGAUUUCUUCUCAUAUCCAACCGUAUACUGGCUGUGCAUGGCCAAUUGUGGCCCCAACACGAACGAGUCGCAGUUCUUCAUCACCGUAGGUGAGGCGGCGCCGUGGUUGAAUGGAAAGCACACUGUUUUUGGUUUUGUAGCUACAGGAAAGCCUGUGGUGCGUGCAGUUGUACAGACGUCGAGAGGAGAGGAUGACAAGCCAAUCAGCCCCGUGGUGAUUCGACAUGCCAUCGUCACGGAAAGAGCUACGAACGAGUAA